GCAAUCUGAAGCUCUAGUGAGAAACUCUGCACUGUACUCGCAUUAUUCCAGAGAAUCUAACAAUCUUCUUUACACACACACAAACAAGUAAAUUGGCUGACUUAAAUUCAGAGGAGAGCUUUUCUUUCUUUUUUUUUUUUUUUUUUGCUUAGAUUUUGUUCACUUGAAUAAUCAGCCCAUUCAAAGGGGGAUCUUUCAUCCCUCUGAGGACCUCAACGGCACCAAAAUUGUGGAGUCCUUCAAUGCAUGGAAUAACUUGGAAGCCAAUGCCUACACACUGAUGGACCUGCCUCUUAGAGCCCCAACAAAGAUGACAGUCCAAGAUGUUCCUGGUGCCUUUCCUACAGUGGAUGUCCCAGACCACGCCCAUUAUACAAUUGGAGUAGUCAUUCUUAUAGUGGGGAUCACAGGAACUCUGGGUAAUUUUCUGGUCAUCUAUGCUUUCUGCAGGAGUAGGAACCUUCAGACUCCAGCCAACAUAUUCAUCAUCAAUCUAGCUGUUAGUGACUUCCUGAUGUCCAUUACACAGUCUCCAGUUUUCUUCACCAACAGCCUCCACAAACGCUGGAUUUUUGGUGAGAAAGGCUGUGAGCUGUAUGCCUUCUGCGGAGCUCUUUUUGGCAUUACAUCUAUGAUCACUUUGAUGGUGAUUGCCUUGGACAGAUAUUUUGUCAUCACAAAACCCCUGGCUUCUGUUGGAGUGACGUCUAAGAAGAAGGCCCUAAUAAUCCUGGUAGGAGUCUGGCUGUACUCUUUGGCUUGGAGCCUCCCGCCCUUCUUUGGAUGGAGUGCGUAUGUUCCUGAGGGUCUGCUGACUUCCUGUUCCUGGGACUACAUGACUUUCACACCAUCGGUCCGCGCCUACACGAUGUUGCUUUUCUGCUUUGUCUUUUUCAUUCCUUUGAUUGCGAUCAUAUACAGCUAUGUCUUUAUAUUUGAGGCUAUUAAGAAGGCCAACAAGUCUAUUCAGACAUUUGGAAGCAAACACGGAAAUAAAGAGUUCCAGAAACAGUAUCAGAGGAUGAAAAAUGAGUGGAAGAUGGCCAAAAUUGCACUGAUUGUCAUCUUGCUUUAUGUCAUUUCCUGGUCACCAUACUCUGUUGUUGCUCUGGUAGCUUUUGCUGGGUAUUCCCACGUCCUAACACCCUUCAUGAACUCCAUACCAGCUGUGAUUGCCAAAGCUUCUGUCAUCCAUAACCCCAUCAUUUAUGCCAUUACUCACCCAAAAUACAGAACAGCCAUUGCAACAUAUGUUCCUUGCCUUGGACCCCUGCUGAGAGUUUCUCCUAAAGACUCACGGUCUUUCAGCAGUUAUCCCUCCUCCAGACGAGCAACCGUAACCAGCCAGUCUUCUGAGAUAAGUGGGCCGCAGAAAGGAAAAAGGCGACUGUCUUCUCUCUCUGACAGUGAAUCAGGCUGUACUGACACAGAAACUGAUUCCCCCAGUAUGUUCUCCAGACUUGCUAGCAGACAGAUUUCCUAUGAAACAGUUAAAGACACAACUCAAACUAGUAACAGAAGAGCCAAACCCAAACUGGAGCGUCAUGAUUCUGGGAUUUGUGAGAAGACACCUGUCGAUGCUGAUGACAUAUCCAUGGUGGAAUUAAAUGUCACAGAGUACACUGCUACACCUACUCACCAAACAUGUAAAAAAUGCAACUUGGAGGAAAUCAAGAGAGGUGAGAGCCUGAAUGGUAUUGGACAAAGAAAAGGAGAGUCUCACCACGGACCAUCUGCAGCCCAGAUACCCAGCAUUACAAUAACAUACAGCAAUGUCCAUGGAGUAGAGCUGCCUUCUGGAUACAACUCUGGUUUCCUGUACCCUAAGAUCAAGAGCCACAAGCAGAACAAGAAGUCCAACAGCUAAGUGAGUGGGGCAAGCCAGAAUGUCACCUAAACAAUAACUCUGGAACAACUGUGUACCAGCUGAAUCCAGAAUACCUUCCUACAUUGUUCUGAGAUGCUCCUACAAAGACACAACACAAGACAAGCAUGGAUAAAAGCAAGGGGAGUA